AUGGAUGGCUUGAAAGAGCGAGAGCCAUCAAGGGCAGGUGACCUUUACACAGCAGAGAUUGGUCAAGCAGUCAACACCGUCAACCAUCAGAGGAAUGCGGUUAAGUUGAUCAUGGCAAGAUGGUCCGCUGUAGACCCAAUUCACUACCCAAUUAUUCUGGGCGUGAGCCAAAACGAUAGUAAGAGCAAGGACGUGAACGCUGUAGUCAGCAUGGUGAACACCAUGCAGACCAGCUGGAUCGGCCAGUCCAGCUGGGUCCAAGGCUACAUCAAGGGGGAGACUGAUUGGCACGACCUCCAAGCUCAUAUCAACAAUCUUAACCGAUUCCGACUCCUACUCAAGGUCCCACAGGCAAAUGAGACUCCCGCGCAGAGGACCACCCGCCGAGAUCUGCAACGCGCAUACAAGAAGGCGGUUAGGAUUCAUGUUGCGCAUACGCAGACAGCCGCAGCCGCAGAGCUGGCGGAGGUAGAAGAAGAGUUUGAUGACGCGGUUGAAAAGGGCGAAGCCACCCAGACCGAGCUUCAGGAGAUGCAAGACCGGAUUCAACACCUCACGGAGUACCAGGGCGGCCUGACCGCUACCAACAACGGCCCAUGCCGUAACCUCGCAGACGUGCCCGCAGUCGAACCAUACUACUCACAAAUGGCAAACAACGCCAAAUUUACUUUCUGGGAGGCCAGGUGGAACCAGGACGUCUUCGUGUCGUUUCUGUGGGAGUUUUCAGGUGUGCUGCACUACAAGCAGAACUGGAACGAUAUCUUGCUUAGAACGAUGUUUCGCAAGAAGUUCUUUUGGCUGGCAGACGUUGUGUCGCAGUAUAUCCUGGAGCCUCUCAAGGCCACGGCAGUGUGCCAGAGCUCGGCGACUAGGUCUCUCGUGCGAAGCUCACUUGAAUUCCCCGACAACAAGGCUCUCGCCUAUGCGGAGUUCAAGCGCGCAGAUUCCCUCCUCUACCCUCCUGACCACGCAAAUCCCCCUGGCUCUCACAUGAUUCUGUGGGUUCAGGGAGCCCCAAGCCAGAAGAUGAGGACUAGGAAGCGCGCUCGAGAGACCGAUGGUGAUGAGGAGGAAGGCCGCGGCAUGGCCAAUUUCUUACGUGACAUGGAGUGA